CUAAUCAGCAAAUAUAUAAAAAUGAACUUUUCGUGGUUUGCCGUGCUCAUCUUUGCCCUAAUUGCUGUGGUUUCGGCUAACAGGUGUCCUAUUCCCUUCAAGAACGAAAACAACAAGUGUGUUGCAGAUCGCGUCAUUAAAGGAGAAUGUCCAACUGGAUCAGUCUAUAGGCCUAACAUCAACAAAUGUGUCUACGGGAAUUAAGUGUAACCGAAUUUUGAACUGAUUUAUCGCUGUUCAAUCUAAAAGCCUAGCAUCAUUAAUGUUUAUACGGUGGAAAUAAGUUCAACCUAAUAAAUGUAAUUGAAUUUGAA